AUGGCAAUAUCAUCAUCAGAACAAACAAAUAUUUUAAAUACAAGUAUAUCAAAUAUAAAACAUCAACUGAAUUUAAUGAAAAAUGAUUUAGAAGAAAAUAAAUUAUUACAAGCUUUAAAACAUUGUUCAAAUUUUUUAAAUGAAUUAAGAACUAAUCAAUUAACUCCAAAACAAUAUUAUGAAAUUUAUAUGUUAAUUUUUGAUUCCUUGGAGAUUUUAAGUUUAUAUUUAAGUAAUAAUAAUACCACCACCACAAAUGAUUCAACUCAAAAUACAUUUUUAGCUGAUCUAUAUGAAAUUGUUCAAUAUUCAGGAAAUAUUAUACCAAGAUUAUAUAUGAUGAUAGUUAUAGGAACAACAUAUAUGAAAUUCAACAAUUCUCCAAUAAAAGAUUUAAUGAAAGAUAUGAUUGAAAUGUGUCAUGGAGUUCAACAUCCAAUAAGAGGAUUAUUUUUAAGAUAUUAUUUAAGUCAAAGAAUUAAAAAUUUAUUACCUUUUGAUAAUAAACAAGAUUUUAAUGAAACUAUUGAAUUUUUAAUUAAAAAUUUUAUUGAAAUGAAUAAAUUAUGGGUAAGAUUACAACAUCAAGGUCAUUCAUCUGAAAGAGAAAUUAGAUAUAAAGAAAGAAAAGAAUUAAAAAUUUUAGUUGGUUCUAAUUUAGUUCGAUUAAGUCAAAUUAUGGAUGAUUAUGAAAGUUUGAAUAAUGAGAAACGUAAGGAAGAUAAUGAGAAAGAUAAUGCAGAUAUAGAUGAUUCAUUUUCUCAAAUUGAAUUUUAUAAAGAUAAAGUAUUUCCAAUUAUAACAGAACAAAUAAUACAAUGUAAAGAUCAUUUAGCUCAAACUUAUUUAAUUGAUGUUAUUAUACAAAUUUUUCCAGAUGAAUUUCAUUUUGCAACAUUAGAAGAUUUAUUAAAUCAAGUAUUUUUAAAUUUACAUCCUUUAUUGAAUAAAAGUGAAUUAGUAAAUACAUUAAUUGAAAAAUUUAUUACAUAUAAUAAAUUUAAUAAUGAUAUGGAAAAUUUAUCAAUAAAUGGGAAUACUAGUCCUCAGAAAAGACUUGAUGUUAAUAAAUUAUUUGAAAUUUUUUGGAAAUUUUAUUUAAAUUUAAUUAAAAAUGAAGAAUCAAAUAUAAGUAUUGAAGAAAAUUCAAAAUUAUUAAAAUCUUUUAUAAAUUUAUCAUUAACUUUUGAUGAUAAAAAUUUUAAAAAUUUAGAUAUUAUAUAUGAAUUUGCUGCAGAAAAUUUAACAACCCCCCAAAAUGAUAAAAUUGAAGAAGAAGAACAACAAGAAUUAUUAUUACUGCUUUUAAUGGAAUCUAUUAAAAAAUUUACUUCAAUCAAAACAAUUUUUAUAUUUAAUAACUUUUUUCCAUUUUAUGAAAAAUUAAAUAAAUCAUUACAAAAGGAAAUAUCAAUAUCUAUAGUAGAUAAAAUUUUGGAAUUAUUCAAUGGAGAAGAAUUUUUUUCCGAUGUUAAUGAAAUUGAUAAUAUUUUUAAAUAUUUAUUAAUAUUGGUGAAAGAUUCACCAUCAACAGAUCUAGAUACAGCAAAGGAUUUAGGAAUAACAAAAACUAUUAAAAUAAAUAAUGGUGAAAAAUUAAUAACACCAGAAUAUUUAGAAAUUCAAUCAAAAUUAAGUUUAAUAAUACAAUUAAUUAAUGAUCCAAAUGAUUUAAAUAAAUCAAUAAAUAAUUUAUUUUAUAUAAGAAAAAAAUAUUUGAAUAAAAAUCAUGAAAAUAUAAUUUAUACUUAUCCAACAUUAAUUUCACAAAUUUUAUUCAAAUUAAAAAUUAUAGGUUAUAUAAAUUUAAAUAUUGAAAAUAAAGAAUUACAAGAAAACAACCAAUCAAAAUUAAUUUCAAAUUUUAAAAAUUUAUCAAUUAUAAUUGAUGAAUUAUAUCAAAUUCAUUAUGAAUAUAAUUCAGAAUUAAUUUUAUCUUUAUAUUUAAAUAUUGCAUCAAUAUCAGAUCAAUUAAAAUUAAAUUCAAUUACUUUUGAAAUUUUUAAUCAAAUAUUUAUAAUAUAUGAAGAAAAUUUAAUAAUGUCCAUGCAUCAAUAUAAACCAUAUUUAAAAUUAAAUCCUUAUAAUUCGCUAGCUAGUGGAUCAAUUGCUUAUCAAUCUAUCAUUUCAAUAGCAAAUACUUUAAUUAAAAUUAGAUUUUUAUCUAAAAAUCAAUAUAAUGAAUUAAUUACAAAAUUAACUUUAUAUGGUUCUAAAAUAUUAAAAAAGCAAGAUCAAUGUAGAGCUAUUUAUUCAUGUGCUCAUUUAUGGUGGUGGUCUGAAAAUUUAUUAUUACCAAAUGAAAAAUCACCAAUAGUUGAAGAUGAUGAUGUAGUAGAUGGAGAUGAUAAGAUUAAAGAGAAUGAAGAGGAAAACGCUUCAAAAGAUAAAUCAACACAAGAAGACACUAAAGAGACAAAUGACAAAACAAAAGAAGAAUCAAAAGAAAACCCGCAAACAGAACUAAUCGAAAUUAAACCACAAUUAUAUAGAGAUUCAAAAAGAGUAUUAGAAUGUUUACAAAAAUCAUUAAGAAUAUCAGAUUCAUCAAUUGAUCCAUAUUUAUCAUUACAUUUAUUUAUUGAAAUUUUAAAUAAAUGUCUUGUUUUUAAUAUUUAUGGUAAUCAAUUAAUAAAUUUAAAUUAUAUUAAUGGAUUAAUUAAUUUAAUUAAAACAAAUAUUGAAAAUUUAAAUGAUUCAAAUAAUAAUAAUGAAGAAAAAGAUGAGGAAAAUGAUGAUAAUAAAGAAUCUAAAAUUUUUAAAUCUACUAUUUCAUUUUUUAAUCAAACUUUACAACAAAUUAAUCAUCAUUUUAGUACUAAUAACUAA